AGAAGAAAGAGGAAGGAAAAAAAAGAGAAGUAAAAAAAAAGAAGAAAAACAGGAAAACAUAGAGAGAGAGAGAGAGAGAGAGAGAGAGAGAGGAAAAAAAAAGGAAGAGGAAAAGAUAAAGGGAGGAUCGCCACGCCACGGUGUGGAUCCAACACUCAUGCCUCGUUCGUAGCAUCGAUAUCGUCGAUAAGAAGGUGACGAGGAGAACGGAACGGAACGGAACAGAACGGAACGGAACGAAACGAAACGAAACGGGGAAAAAAAGCGGAACGUAACGAAACGGAAGAAAUGGCAACGAAAAAUUUCUUCAUUCUAGGAAUACUCUUAGGGAUCUUGGAGAUCGUCUACGUUCGCGGACGGCUGAUUCGAUUAGAUAUCUCGAAUCCAGACGUAAUCGUUUCCACGGGCGAAAAGUUGACUAUAAGGUGUUUAACGGACUACGACGGCGAGACUACAUGGUACAAGGACAACGUGGCACUGCGUCAUUCGUCAACGAGGUUGCGGGUUAUGAAGCAAACGUUAAGAUUCAAAUACAUUGAGAUAAGCGACGCCGGUUCUUACGGUUGCUCAACCGAAACUGAUGAUGAUAAUGAUAAUAAUAAAACGAUCGAAUGGAGGAACGUUACGUUAAAAGUUGAAGAGGCUUUACAAAACGAUGGUUACCAUCGCGAGGAUGAUGGGAAAAUUGGUAAUGUUCUCGAAGGACUCGGACCGAGCGAGGAAACGAACGAGCUUGAAAUCGAGGCGAGAAAUCUACCUGAGACGCGUUCGUUGCAUUUGGACAGUGAGAAAUCUGACGUAGAAUUGGACAACGAUAAAGGUGAAAACGAAAUGGCAGGGGAACAUAACAAAACUUUACCCGACCGUCCGCCUUCUUUCAACAAAAGCGACGAGAUGCAUGGAAGUAUCGUAAAACCUGCUGGAAAUAUGUUACGACUUAAAUGUCCAAGCGUCGGUAAUCCUAGGCCUAACAUUACCUGGUUGAAAAACAACGAAGAACCUAAGAGAUCUCUUGGUACAAUGAUCAAAACAAAAUGGACAUUAAGACUGGAAGACCUCGUGCCCGAUGACAGUGGAAACUAUACUUGCAUCGUCUGCAAUCAUCUCGGUUGCAUAAAUCAUACGUUCAAGGUCGACAUUAUAGAGACCGUGAGGCACCGACCGAUCCUGACGCGACCCCCACGAAACACAACUGUACUCCUAGGAAGCAACGCUAGUAUGACAUGUGAGGUCCUCUCGGAUGCCCAUCGUCAUCUUGAAUGGUAUCACGGUUGUCAUACAUCUUUCGAUACCGUCAACAAAACGAAUCAGACUGUCCGGGUGGAGGUCAAGGCUGGUAUCGCUGAAAAUCCUGAAGUAUUGAAGCUCUACAACGUCACCGAAAAAGAUGAAGGAUGGUAUACCUGUAUAGCGCAAAAUACAUUGGGGGAGACAUUUAGCAGUGCCUAUCUACGAGUCGUCGAAACGUUGGAGGAGCAUCGUGUACCGCUUGCAGCGAGGCCGCAAAUCCUGGUUAACGUUUUGGCUGCAGUACUAUGCGUAUUCUUUGCCGUUGGUGUCGUCGUAGUGAUCUACAUAUUUCAUCGUUUAAAACGCGAGAAGAUGAAGAAACUAUUGGCUAUAGAAACUGCACGUGCUGCGGUUGUAACCCAAUGGACAAAAAAGGUUAUAGUUGAAAAGCAGAAACUGGUUAACGCCCAGAACGUACAGGAACCAUUAUUAAUGCCAGUGGUCAAGAUAGAAAAGCAAAAGUCUACGGUAACUACGGAGGACAGUAAUGGCGGUAGUAUAUCAGAGUACGAAUUGCCGCUUGAUAGCGCUUGGGAAUUGCCGCGAGAACAAUUGACCUUGGGCAAUACGCUUGGUGAAGGUGCCUUUGGGAAGGUCAUCAGAGCGCAAACCAAUACCGGGAAACCUGGUAUACCUAACGUCGUUGCCGUCAAAAUGUUAAAGGAGGGUCACACGGACGCCGAGAUGAUGGAUCUUGUAUCUGAGAUGGAGAUGAUGAAGAUGAUCGGCAAACACGUUAACAUAAUAAACCUAUUGGGUGCGUGUACACAGGGCGGACCACUUUACGUUGUUGUUGAGUUUGCACCUCACGGUAAUCUUCGAGAUUUCCUUCGCGAUCAUCGUCCAUCCUCUUCCGGUUAUGAGCCAACGAUCGGUCAAGAAGAAAAGGAACGAAAGACCCUAACACAAAAGGACUUAGUGUCGUUUGCUUAUCAAGUUGCACGAGGAAUGGAAUAUCUUGCUAGUAGAAGAUGUAUACACAGAGAUCUAGCAGCACGAAAUGUUCUCGUUAGCGACGAAUAUAUCCUCAAGAUCGCUGACUUCGGUCUUGCAAGGGACAUACACUGUCACGAUUACUAUAGAAAAACGACCGACGGCAGGUUGCCUGUUAAAUGGAUGGCACCGGAGGCUCUUUUUCAUCGGGUAUAUACCACUCAGUCCGACGUAUGGUCGUAUGGCAUACUGCUGUGGGAAAUAAUGACGCUGGGUGGCACACCAUAUCCAUCCGUACCCUCGGUCGAGAAACUUUUUCAAUUGCUGAGGACGGGACACAGGAUGGAAAAACCGCCAUGUUGCUCGAUCGAAAUAUACAUGCUCAUGAGAGACUGUUGGAGCUAUCAACCAAACGAGAGACCGAUGUUCGGUGAAUUGGUCGAAGAUCUCGAUAGGAUAUUAACGAUAACGGCUAACGAGGAAUAUUUAGAUCUCGGUUUACCCCAAUUGGAUACACCACCGUCCAGUCAAGAAUCGAGCGAUGAUGCCGAGGACGAUGAAACCGGCGAACAAUUUCCGUACCUGUUAUAAAAUCUUUUCGAUUAAGGCUGACACGCAUAAAAGAAGAAUGAAAAAAAAGAAAAAAAAAAAAAAAGGAAGAAAGAAAAGAGCUCCGCGCAUGCUAUGAAAGCUGCGAAGACGUUUAUCGAAGACGAGGAUAUCUAACCUCGACUUUUGACAAAACCAAAAAAAGUGAAAAGAAAAGAAAAAGAUAAAAAAAUGAAUAAAAAUAAAUGAAAAAAAAAAAAAAAAAAAAAAAAAAAAAAAAAAAAAAAAAAAAGUGAAAUUAAAUGAAAUAAAAUAAAAUAAAAUGAACAAUUGCGAGAGCGUAAACGACUGAUAUAUAAAAAAAAAAAAAAAAAAAAAAAAAUAUGAGCACGCCAAAUAAUGCAAAUCAGUAUUGAUCUAUAAUAGAGCGUAUACCAUAUUAUCUAUAGAUAAAUCGAGCCCAAGGGAAAUCGUGGAAAUGAAUAAAGUAAAUGGGUAUGUAAUUAAGUACAUACAUUGUAAUUACUUUUGUAUGGGGCGAGUCGAGAGCCGGCGAAUCAAUUUUUUUACGUUCUUUAUUGUUUCGUGCCAUGAACGCGUGCCUUGUUGAAAGAUAGAGAAAGAAAGAGAGAGAGAGAGAGAGAGAGAGAGAAAGAGAGAGAAGCGCAUUGAAAAAAAAACCAAGAAAAUAUCAAAAAAAAAUUACAAAAAUAAAAAAAUUCAAAAAAAACAAACACACGUUAAAAAAGAAGACAAAAAAAAAAUAUUAAAAACGAACAACGAAGGAAAAAAAUGGCUUUCGAUGGACGCCCACAAAUAAGCCGCCCGAAUCGACGAAGAUUGUAUAGCGAAAGAGAAAAAGUGAGAAAAAGAUAGAGCUAGAGAGAGAGAGAGAGAGAGAGAGAGAGAGAGAGAGAGAGAGAGAGUGUGUGUGUGUAUAAUAAAUAGGGCAUCUUGUAAGAUGGCCGAAUAACGUGGGGACACUGCUAGGUGCAUGAUAUUGUGUUUAUAGCUAGUCAAUUUUUUUUUCUUCCUUAAUUUGUACGUCUUUUUUUCUUUUCUUUUUUUUUUCCCCCCUUUUGUAACAUAAUAGUCGUUUUAAAUCCAUUAAAAGAGUGCGUAUCUCUUUUUCGAACGUAAACUCGACGUGAAAAAAAAAAAAAAAACUAAUAUACAAGUACGAACGAACGAAAGAUCGCGGUAUUACGUACGUAAGUACGUAAUGUAGUAUCGUUAAAAUAUAAAAAAAAAAAAAACAAGAGAGAAAAAUACAGAAAGUAAGAGAAAGAGAGAGAGAGAGAGAGAGAGAGAAAACUGAACGAUCAAAAGUGCACAUUAAAUAAUCAAUGCACUAAAGCUGUGUAUGUUAUGUAUGUAUAUGUAUUUAUGUUAAGUUCAAUUUGGAUAUAAUUUAUUCCUCUUACAUUGCCGUGUAUUUUUCUUUUUCUUUCUUUUUUUUUUUUUUUUUUUCUUUUUUUUCGAUAAA